AUGUGUCGCCAAUGCGCAAUAUCUAGCAAGGAGUCUUUUCUACUGAUUAGUCCAGUUGUCGUUAGGUCAGCGGAGACCCUCAUUUUGAUGGUUGUAUUUGUGGUUGUAUAUGCCAGAAAAUGGAUGCGAUACAUAUAUCAAGUGGUUUUAAUUUUGAAAACUGCAGAAGAAACUUCCUUCUUGAAAAAAAAUGGAUUGAAGACACCGAUAGCUCUCAAAACAGGCACAACAAUUUGUGGAAUAGUCUACAAAGAUGGUGUCAUUCUUGGAGCCGACACUAGAGCAACUGAGGAUGCAAUUGUUGCGGAUAAAAACUGUUCGAAAAUCCAUUACAUUGCUCCAAAUAUGUAUUGUUGUGGAGCUGGGACUGCUGCAAAUACAGAUUAUGUAACAAAUCUUAUUUCUUCCAACCAUGAAUUGCAUAGUCUAAACACUGGACGACAGGUUUGUAUCAAUGUUUCUGCUUAG